UGCAUUGGGAGAGGAUAUCUGAUUUGCCGCUAUGGGAUUCGGAGGGCAAGCAAUCAUGUCUCUGUACCAAGGACGUUGCCAAUCGUACGAGGACGUAGUGAUGGUGAACAUGUCGGCACCUUGAUAUCGCGCAUCUGCACGUGUUGACGCGUUUGUCUUGGCACGCGUUAAGCCGCUCAAUCGCCACUGGUUCAUCUGCACAUUCUCAGGCACAAGAGCAGCGCAAACCUCACCAGUUAUGCUCAAAUAAUUUCUCAAUGUUCAGAAACCCUCGAGAAAACCAGUCCUUACCGGAAGAAUCUCGAUUGACCCCCUCCACCGGCCGGCCUCCCUCGCCACCCCGCUCGUCCUCAGCAGCAGGAAUGGCUUCCAAGACGGCAACGAAGAAGGUCGCGCCAAAGCCAAACACGAAAGCCCUUCCACCGAAGAAGGCCAUUGUGCAAACUACUCUCACACCAGCCGACUUUGCCAAGAAGUCGCCCGCUGGCAAUGGCAAGAAGCAGAAGCCGGCAGGCACGCCAAAUGGCAACAUCAUGGCCUUCUUCAAGAAGGCCGAGGAGAUCAACAGCCGCAUAUUCUUGCAAGAACGGGGGUCAAAUCCAACUAUUGUGUUCGACGGCGACGAGGACGACGUGGGUUGGAGUGACGAGAAAAGCAAUGGCGUCAUGACUACCGACAACGAUGAGGAGCGCUACAAUGAGAAUGGCGGGAGCGUCAAGAGGCGAAAAGUCAGCGAAGAGGCGGUAGCACUUGUGCCGGCCUGUUCGCCACCUCCACCCACUGAUGUAGAAAGCAAUACUCUGGACGCGUUGGCAGCUGAUGUUCCCAAGCAGGCGUCAAAGCCGCGGAAGAAGUCUGGACCCUUCGUGGACGACUCAGAAUCCGAAGACGACAAUGUAGAAGUACCUGCAACAACUUCAGGUAUGGCCAUACGAGGACAAAAUGACGAUUCGCCAAUUGCUAAACCAACCGAGGGUCGGUUACCCGCAGAUAGUAUUGAAGACCACAUCCCCCGCGAACUCCCACCGCUGAAGUCCGAAUCCACGUCUCAAAACGGCGACGAAGCGCUAGACGAAUAUGAAGAUCUUGAAGACGACGAUUUGCUCGAAGGCGAAGAAUACGAUGAGAGGCGAUGGAUGAAGGAACAACAGAAGCUGGAGAUGGAGGAAGCAGGCUUUGAGGGCGAUCCUGACGAAUUCGACGCUCCGCCUCUGUUUCCAGAAAGCGGUACCUCCGAACCCAAACAGGAAGAGCCAAAUGCCAAAGAUAUACCCUCAUGUCCAAUAUGCGGCAACGAUCUACCAGGCCUGUCAGAACAGGAUGUAUCUGUGCACGUCAACGCAUGCUUAGAUGGCAACCCAAUCCCGUUGCCUGUAGCAAAGCCCAAAGAAGAGAACAGGCUGACUACAACGAGCAAAGCAAAGGCAUUCAAAAGACCAGAUAGGCCAGCCAAACCGGGUCAGGCAAACCCAUUUCAACUUGCGAAGCCCAGCACCCAGCCAAGUUCGGCUUUCUCGAAACUUAUGGCAGGCCACGCUGAAGACGCAGCAUGGGCGUCCGCUGCGGCGGAGAACAACAAAUCCCGCGGCAAGCCCGCAUACCAACGCACCUGUCCAUUUUACAAAAUCAUGCCAGGUUUCUUCAUUGCUGUGGACGCAUUUCGCUAUGGGGCCGUCAAAGGUCAGAACGCGUACUUCCUCAGUCACUUCCACAGCGAUCACUACAUCGGACUUACUUCGUCAUGGAAACACGGGCCGAUAUACUGCAGCAAAGUCACUGGCAACCUGGUACGCCAGCAGCUUCGGGUAGAUCCCAAAUGGGUAGUUGAUCUGGACUUUGAAAAGAAGACAGAAGUGCCAGGAACUGAAGGGGUUCAUGUCACGAUGAUCUCCGCAAACCAUUGCCCGGGUAGUUCUUUGUUCCUGUUUGAGAAAGAGCUGAGCAAGGGCAAGAGCUCAAGACUACAGCGAGUCCUACACUGUGGAGACUUCCGUGCGUGUCAGGAACACAUUGAACAUCCACUAUUGCGACCAGACGUUUUGGACGCUGUGAGUGGAAAGAACCGACAACAGAAGCUUGACGCCUGCUACCUCGAUACCACCUACCUCAACCCCAAAUAUGCUUUCCCACCUCAGAAGCAAGUUAUCCAGGCUUGCGCAGACAUGUGCGUUAGCCUCAGCAAAAGCCGCGCGGACGACUCCGAUGGAUGGGAGAGAAUGAAAAGAGAACGCGCGGGUCAAGGUAUGGUUCAGUUCGUUCGAAAGGAUGCCAGUAUAGAUAAUGCGGGCGAACCUAAAAGUCCGGAACGAGGCCGACUCCUCGUUGUCGUGGGCACAUACAGCAUCGGGAAAGAGCGCAUAUGCACUGGCAUUGCAAAGGCCCUAGGGAGCAAGAUUUUUGCGCCUGCCAACAAACAACGCAUUUGCAAGGCUCUCGAGGACCCCGAACUGGACGCACUGCUUACGACGGAUCCUCGCGCAGCCCAAGUACACAUGACUCCACUGUUCGAGAUCCGAGCGGAGACUUUAGACGAUUAUCUGCGCGAAUAUGCUGACACGUUUUCGCGCGUUGUCGGUUUCAGACCCUCGGGUUGGAACUAUCGCCCACCAAAGGGCCGCUUUACUGAAUCGCCUCAAGUACAGACUGUACUGCAUUCUGAUAACUGGAAAAGUACUUUUGCUAUGAAAGACCUCACGCCCCAAGCCGGCAGUGGAAGUCGGGCAAGCUGCUUCGGUGUGCCGUACAGUGAGCAUAGCAGCUUCAGAGAGUUGACCAUGUUUUGCUGCGCUUUGCAUAUCGACAAGAUCAUUCCAACGGUCAAUGUGGGUAGCGCAAAGAGUAGAGAGAAGAUGAAAGCUUGGUGCGAUAGGUGGGCAGCAGACAAGAAAAAGAACGGGCUGUUCAAGCUAGGCGAGCACGGCCAGGGCUGGUCAUAACGACACUCCAUUGCCAUAAGCGGA